AUGAUCCUCCUCCUCGUGCCGCGCCUGCUGCUCGCCUGGCUCGCGCUCCACAGGCUCGGCGGCGCGGCGGCGGAACAGCAGCGCGCUUCCUCCGCGCGCGAGCGCUUCAAGGUGGUCAUCGCGCCGCUCAUCUGCAAGCGCACGUGCCUCAACGGCCACUGCCGGGACACCUGCGAGCAGGGCAACAACACGACCCUGAUCGGGGAGAACGGACAGUCCGCGGACACGCUCACCGGACACGGCUUCAGAGUCGUGGUGUGUCCUCUGACCUGUAUAAAUGGAGGUGUGUGCAGUAAUCGUACACACUGUCUGUGUCCGCCGGGCUUCACGGGGCGACUCUGUCAGUUCCCCAUCCGCACGCAGUCGUCCCACGGCAACAACCAGCCCUUCUACACACUGCAGGUGAUGCCUGAGGGUCCAGGCCUGUCUGAGUCCAGUGGUCCGGGUGGGCGGCAGCAACUGACCCAAACACACUCAGUGUUCACUCUGCCGCUGGCGCAGGGCACCGGACAACAGUCCUCCAAAGUGCAAGUAGAAGUCAGUGUCCACCACACGCCGGACACCUCUGUGGUCAUUCAUUCUCUUGAUCAAUCAGACAGCAAACCUCCAAAGCCAGUGACACGCCUCCCUCCACAGACACACAAGCCGAGGGGCCGGUGCUUUCAGGAGACCACGCCCAAACAAGCUUGUAGCAGUAACCCUCUCCCUGGAUUGACCAAUCAGGAGGACUGCUGUGGCAGUGUGGGAAAUUCCUGGGGUCAGAACAAAUGUUACAAAUGCCCCAAACUUCACUAUGCCGGAAAGCUGCAGACGAUAAUCGAGGAAUUUGGCUCCACAUGCCCUCAAGGUUACAAAAGACUAAACAGAACACACUGCCAAGAUAUUAAUGAGUGUAUGAUGCAGGGUGUGUGUCAGAAUGGUGAGUGUUUGAACACUCGGGGGAGUUUCCGCUGCACCUGCAAACCUGGGUACAUACUGACAGACAGAACACGCUGCAUAGCGUCCCAGAUGGAGCAGGGUCCGUGUUAUCGCAUGCUGACGCAGGCGGGGCGCUGUGAACUCGCUCUGUCCACCAACCUCUCUCGAGAGAUCUGCUGCUGCACCGUAGGAAAAGCGUGGGGCAGGAACUGUGAGAGGUGUCCACAGGACGGCACCGCCUCCUUCAGUAAGAUCUGUCCUGCGGGGAAGGGCAUGUCCGUCCUGCAUUAUCACGGCACUCUGUCCAUCCAGCCCUUCCAGACAAGCAUAGAGCAGAGCCCGGUCUUUCCAAAAUCUGAGCAACCAGAGCUCCGGCUGCCGGAAGUGCACGUCCAGGUGACCACGCCCAUGCAGCUUUUACCAGCCAGCACUCAUGGCCCCCGAGUACCAGUUUUGGUUCCCAGGCCGACAACACGCCCCAUAAUCCGUGUGCCACCGGAGCCUGAUUCGCUGGAGGUGGCGCAGACGCAGGUCUCGCAGACGGACGAGUGCAGACUUAACAGGAACAUCUGUGGUCACGGCCAGUGUAUAAACACACAGAACGGUUUCAUGUGUCACUGUGAGGCUGGGUACCGCUCGCACGCUCAGAGAAAGAGCUGUGUAGAUGAGAAUGAGUGUGACUGGGAGCCGUGUGGUCAGGGCAGAGGGACCUGCAUCAACACGGUCGGCUCAUACCGCUGCAACUGUCACCCUGGCAACAAACUGGUGGUGCAUCAUGGAAAGCGCCGCUGUGUAGAUAUAAACGAGUGCUCCAAACCGGAUAUCUGUGGUAUCGGAGGACACUGUGUGAACCUGCCGGGCUCGUAUAAGUGUGAAUGUCUGGCAGGCUUCAGGAGCAAAUCACGAAGACAGCCUGUGUGUGAAGAUAUUAAUGAGUGUUUGGACCCCAGUGCAUGUCCUGAUGGCCAGUGUGAGAAUACUGUUGGGUCGUAUGAGUGUAUUCCCUGCCAGCCUGGACACCAGGCACAAGGAGGAGUGUGUUAUGAUGUGAAUGAGUGUCAGAAGAGAGGGGUGUGCAUGAAUGGCCGUUGUGAGAACCUGCCGGGGACAUACCGCUGUCUGUGUAACGAGGGUUUCCUGCCCGAGGCCGACAGCAAAGGCUGCAGAGAUAUUAACGAGUGCGAGGACAACCGUCUGUGUGCUAAUGGCCGCUGCAUAAACACAGAGGGCUCAUUCCAGUGCCAGUGUUACCCAGGAUACCAGCCCACCCAGGAGGGCAGCCACUGUGAGGAUAUUAAUGAAUGUGAGCGUGCAUCAAACUGCCAGAGGGGGCGCUGCAUCAACACCAUGGGCUCCUACCGCUGUGAGUGCCAGAAAGGAUACAUGCUUGUCAGCGGACGCAGAUGCCAAGACAUAGACGAGUGUGAGGUGGAUAGGAGUUUGUGCCAGCCUCAUGGAGUGUGUGAGAACCAGCAGGGGGGUUAUAUGUGUGUGUGCAAUGAAGGCUUCAUUUUAUCUGAGGACAGACACAGCUGUGAGGAGAUGGAGAUGGAUGUGAACAAUAAGAAGGAGUGUUACCUCAAUCUGGAUGACACAGUGUUCUGUGACAGCGUCCUGGCCACUAACGUCACAAAGCAGGAAUGCUGCUGUUCGGUUGGAGUCGGCUGGGGGGAUCACUGUGAAAUUUACCCCUGUCCCGUCUACCACUCAGCGGAGUACCACUCGCUGUGUCCAGUGGGACGAGGCUUUUACCAUGAGGACGGUCUGACGGAGUACGGCCUGCCAAUACACAGAGACAUAGAUGAGUGUGUGUUAUUCGCUAAUGAGAUCUGUAAGGAGGGACGCUGUAUGAACACACAGCCCGGAUACGAAUGUUACUGUCAGCAGGGCUUCUACUACGACAGCAACCUUCUGGAAUGUAUAGAUGUGGAUGAGUGUCAUGACGAGUCUUUGUGUACUAACGGUCACUGUGUGAACACACGUGGAUCCUUCUACUGCACCUGCAAUGCCCCCUGGACUCCUGACCCCACCAACAAGAAGUGUGUCUUCCCCCCAGUCACAGGAAUCAAUGAAUGCCAGGACCCGUCUAAUUGUAAGAAUGGACACUGUGUGGACACACAGGACUCCUAUUACUGUAUCUGCACUCCACCCUGGAUCCUGGCAACUGACCGUAACAGCUGUGUGACACCAGAGGAGCAGGCCGUAAUGUCUGUGGUGACCCUUUCAGAUGUGAAUGAGUGUCUGGACCCGUCGUACUGCAGGAACGGGAGGUGUGUGAACACUCCCGGCUCCUUCCACUGCAUCUGCACUCAGCCGCUCACCUUCAGCGCGGCCCUCAAGCAGUGCGUCUAUGAUGAUCGUACAGCGGCGCAUAAGGACGUGUGUUUUGGGGAAGUGGAUGAGGAUCUGAUCUGCAGCAUGCCAAGGAACGAUCUCACAGUCACGUACUCUGAGUGCUGCUGCCACUACGGCCGUGGCUGGGGCCCUGAGUGCCGCACUUGCCCACAGAGAAACUCAGUGAUAUUUAACAGGCUAUGUGAGAUGCACCUGGAGACCGAGUCAGACGGAGAGGGAGAUUUCCUAGCAGCUUUCUCCAAUUACAACCCAGAGAGAGACAGUUCAGAGGAGGACUCUGAUGAGUGUAGUUGUGCUAACGGACGCUGUGUGCGCUCAUACCUGGGUACCAUGUGUGAGUGUAACCCCGGCUUCAGACUGGAUCAUUCAAGAACGCGCUGUGUAGAUAUAGACGAAUGUGUGGAGAGAGGCAUGCGGCUGAACCCGUGUAAGAACGCUCGGUGCACAAACACGAUGGGCUCAUUCAAGUGCACCUGCAAACACGGAUUUGUACCCACACGCAGACCCAACGUGUGCAGGCAGGCCAGGGCUUCAUAACACUACACACGUUCACAUCCAGUGCAAAGACGCAAUGCAGACAGACACACAGAUAAGUAGACAGGCACAAAUGCAAACACUCGUUCUCAUCCACCCUCCUGCAGUUCUCUGUGGUCAGUUCAUUUCCUCUCAUCUUCAUUUGUUUUUAACUCUUUUUUUAAUUAAAUUCAGAGAUUUUGAUUGAAGUAUCGCCAACUGUUUAUAGUAAUAAUACAUUUUUGUUGUUGUUUUUGUUUUUUUAUGUGUUGAUACAUUUUCCCUUCCCCAUCCUUGAGUCCUUUUUGCACAAGUUUGAUCAUUAUCUCUCUGGAUGUGGGAAAAUCUAGUGCUUUUUUUAUCCGACACUACUUGGGUACAAGUAUUGAGAAACCAAUACAUUUUUCAUUCCCUUAAGAUUCCAUCAAAAAGAUGCCACAUAGGGUUCUUUGAGUGCUGCCAUAGAAGAGCUCAUUUCCUUCUCUACAGAACCUUAAAGAGACUUGUGAAGAACUUUUUAAUGGUUCAAAGAACCUUCACAUAAGGAACACGCAAGGUUCUUCACAUUCAUCUCAUUUGCAAAUCGGUUCUCCAAAGAACCUGUCUUCAAAAAGUUUCCUUUUUUCUGAAAGCCUCAGCUCAGUUAAUAAUCGGGAGAGAAACCAAUUAACUUGUACACUAAUAUUUUUAGCUGUAAUUAUAUGCUGCAUCGGUUGUUCAACACUGAGGGUUGAGAUUUUUGUUAAUGUAUACUGUAUAUGCUUCAGUCUGAAUAUAGGACCUGAAAGGUGCUUGUUAUCUUUGAUUGUACUAAGCCAUACCAUUCAAAAAGAUACAUGCUAACAGUGGAAAUUUGGAGCCUCAUUACUAGUGCAUUUAGACAAUGGAGAUUUUUUUAAUAUUUGUACAAAAUAAGUAAGCCAGCAAGUGGUUGAGGUUUGCACCUGAACUGUACUGAGCAAACAAUUGGAACUCAAUGCACUUGAGGAUCUUACUAGCUUCUUUGUUGGGAUUACACAACCACCUGAUAUGAUUACGGUCUCUGUUUUGAAGAGCAACUAUCCUGGUGGUUAGAAUACAUGGAGAACACUGUUGAGCUGAGCAGUUACAUUGGGUUGACCUGUCAGCUCAAGACUACUCCUAAAGGAAUAGGUGGAAAAUCAAAUUUACACAGCUUUCCCAGUGUCCUAAAUGUAGCCAGUCAGCUAAGGCGCGUUUCAUGUCUGGAGUUUGCUUAUUUAAACUUUCACUGGAGCUACAAGGCCACAUUAUGGACAAUAUAGAAAUUCAACACAGCUACUAAUACUGUUUUAAUCGAGUUUACAGCACUAUCGUAAGUAGGAUAUUUAGCCUCAUGACACAGUGCUAAUGUAGGCUACAGCUGACUCUUAUUAAACGUUAUGUCACUUCUGUUGAGUGUACCCUUGACCUGUAGCUAACAGUUAGCCUAGGUAGUUAGUCCCAUGACUAAAACUUAAAAUCUGUGAGCUACUGACUUCAUGUUGACUGUUGUUUAAACUAGAGGUCUGUGCGGGACUGUUCUUUCAGUCCCACUCCCACCCGCAACCGAAUCAUUUUGGCCCACCCCCACCUAUGCAGUUCUGUCAAGGCGAAGUGACAUUAUCCUCUGAUGAAAUAACGCAGCAGUCAUGGUCAUCAGGCUCACUGUGAAGUAACUUCACCAAACGCCGUUUAUUCCCAGUAAACACAAAGCGGGAAUUAAACCACAGAGCGGUUGUUUUUGGUGCUGGGCAGCUGUGGCUGUCGGACUGAAGGCUCUGCCAUCUCUGUAAGCUAUGAGAAUUUGCAUGCUGUUCACCUGACGGGUUGCUUCGCAACUCUUUAGAAUGACUUCCUUAAUUAUAUCAUUCUUUAUCUGAUAUUUUUUAUAUUGUUUAUGAAUAUGAUUUAGUGAUUAUUCUACUUUAUUUAGGCGAUUCAUUAAUUUGAGUAAUUUGAAUUGAUUAAUUAAUAAUUCGUUCAUUUCAACACUGAAAUUUAGUUACAUGGGAAUCCACGGUAGUGUAGACCUCUAGUUAAAACUAUGCAUAUGAACUUCAUAUAUAUUUGUUAACUUGGGUUAAUAGUAUGUGGUAAAUGUAGGUAGACUACAUUAUUACUGUCAUGUUAGGCUGUGUUUUUUCAUUAAAUAAAGCCUAAAAUCUUUUAUAUAAACGCAGUGCUGUGUUUGAUAUUUUCAUGGGUCGUGUCCGUGAUUUUAGGUUCGUCAGUUAACGAUUAAUCACCGACUAAUGAUGAUUGGCUUUCGGGCAACAGAAUUUGCCACAAUUCUGAUCUUGACUUAUCUUGUUAGCUACAUUAGCCUCAUAGCUCCAAAGCAAGACUAAAGAAGCAAACUUCAGACACCAAACAUGUCUUGGCUGUUUGACUGCUUGGGGUUAAAGGGAAAUAAGGGUUGGUCAGACUAUACUAUACUUUAAAUUGAAUGUUCUGACCAAUAAAUCCUGUGUUCAUUUCAAAGCUCUGAUUUGAACAGCUAUUCAUUUUUGGAACAUGGCAACAUAUAAAAAGAGAGCUUUCAAGUAACUUGGCUUAAAAUGUAUUUGCUUUCACAUCUAACAGAUCUUUGUCUGAUUUGUCAUAUUUAUUUUCCCCUUCCAAUUUUGUCCUUUUCUAAGUGUGUCUGAUGUUGUGAUGAGGUUGCACAGUCUGAAAGUAGUUUUAAUGCAAAAUAAGCUUGACUAGACCUAAGAGGUCGAGUCGGAGAGAGACUGAAAAAUGGAUUAUUGUUGAUUACCCUGUCCUCAAUCCUAUGUCAGAGCAAUUACAGAGAUGCUUUUCUACCAAAGAAUAGAACAAUAAAUCUGAGAUGUUGUGAAACCAA